AUGGGAGAUAACAUGUCCAAGCGGCUGAAGCUCAUCUCGGCUACAGAGGCGGAGAUGGAGGAGCGCUCCUUCCCGAACCCCUACCCGGACUGGGACCAGGGACAGCUCACCGCCACCUCCGGAGAAGACGGAGGCUUCAACGAGCCGUUCGAUGCAGAAGGAAAGGUCAGUGCAGCCUUCCAGAAGAAGGUCCAGAAUAAGAUCAAGGAUCUCCUCCAGCAGAUGGAGGAGGGCCUGAAGACGGCAGACCCCCACGACUUCUCCACGUACACCGGCUGGACAGGCAUCGCCUUGCUGUACCUCCAGCUGCACCGGGUCUCUCACGAGGCCUCACACCUGCAAAGGGCCCUGGACUACGUGAAACGGGCCAUGAGGACCUUGAAUGGUCGCAAAGUGACCUUCCUGUGCGGCGAUGCGGGACCUCUGGCUGUGGCUGCUGUGGUGCACCACAGACUGAACAAUGCUGCCGACAGCAACGACUGCCUGUCCAGGCUCCUUCAGCUGCAGCGCUCGGUGCUGAGCUCAGACUCCGAGAUGCCAGACGAGCUGCUGUACGGCCGAGCUGGCUACCUUUUUGCUCUGCUCUACGUGAACAAGGAGAUGGGAGCCGAUACUGUGGAUGAGAACACUGUUACCAAGGUGGUGACAGCCAUCGUGGAAUCGGGGAAGAACAUGUCAGCAGAGCAGAAGAAGACGGAUCGCUGUCCUCUGCUCUAUGAAUGGCACAAGAAGCAGUACAUCGGCGCCGCCCACGGUCUGGCUGGUAUCUACUGCAUGCUCAUGCAGCCUGCAGCUAAGGUCCAUCCAGACAUGCUGUCGGAGCUGGUCCGUCCCAGCAUCGACUACGUUCGCCACAAGAGGUUUCGUUCGGGGAACUUUCCGUCAUCGCUGAGCAAUGAGAGCGACAGGCUGGUUCACUGGUGCCACGGAGCUCCAGGCGUCAUCCACAUGCUCAUCAUGGCCCACAAGGUGUUUAAAGAGGAGAAGUACCUGAAGGAGGCAGCAGAGUGUGCUGAGGUGAUCUGGCAGCGGGGCCUGCUCAGGAAAGGUUACGGCAUCUGUCACGGCACUGCGGGCAACGGUUACGCCUUCCUGACCCUUUACAAGCUCACCCAGGAGAAGAAACACCUGUACCGCGCCUGCAAGUUUGCUGAGUGGUGUCUGGACUACGGGACCCACGGCUGUCGUAUCCCAGACAGACCAUACUCUCUUUUUGAAGGCAUGGCGGGGGCCAUCCACUACCUGUCAGAGAUGGCAACGCCUGAAGCCUCCUGUUUCCCUGCCUUUGAACUCUGACCUGCCACCGAUGGGACUGAGGACGGUGGAGGGGACAGACGGUGUUUGGAAGUCGACUCGAGUCUGGACUGGAACAUUGAAGCAGGAUGUCUGUUGAUGCACCUUUCAGCCUCGGCCAUGAGUAGGAGGAGGAUCACCUUGCUGUCAGUCUGAAAACACUGGAAAGGAAAGAGUAGUUUGUCCAGAGCCCCAGGUUGAAUGAAGGUGGUUUGAGGAGGACAGUCUGGAUGGAUGUUCGUCGUGUUGAAGAUGGACCUGUCAGACCUCCCCUCAGCUCUGAGGUGCCCCGUCUUCCUGCGCUGUGUUCAGGUGAAGACGUGGACCCCAGACUCCCUCCUCACCACGUCAAUGUACCCCAGCUGGCAUGGACACAGAACACACCCUCAGCCUUUAAUAUGGUAGCACUAGGCCAACAGAGUGUGAGAGUGUGUGUGAAGUGAACUAAAGCUGUUUUGGUAUUCCUAUGUCUCUGCAUGCUCACUGUUAUCGGCUCUUGGUGCCUCAUUCGUGUCAGUAUAGUGAUUCCUUCUUCCUGUAAUUAGAUGUGUUGUUUCAGUUCUCUA